AUGAACAAUAUUGAUAUUCCAAAUUUGCAAAACCUUAGUAAAGAUGAAUUAUUUAAGAAAGACAUUUUUGGAAGAACAAUAUUACAUGUUAUAAUAUUAACUAAUAAUAUUGAAUUAUUUAAACAACUUUUAAAAAACGAAUUUAUUGAUAAAAUUUUAUUAUUAUGUGAUUAUGAGAGUGGUUGGAAUGCUUUACAUUAUAUUAUAUUUCAUAAAAGAAUAACUAUACUCAAACUUUUAUUUGGAUAUUUUAGAUCAAUCAAUAAUAUAAUAUUCAAUACUCAAUUAAUUGAUUUGUUGAAAUGUAAAGAUAGAAAUGGUAAUGUUCCUCUACAGUUGAUGAACAAUGAUUUUAAAAAUUUGGUUUGGAUACCUAAAUAUAUUACUGAAGAUGGUUUUGAAUUUAUAUAUAGAGAUAAGAAAUAUUCAAUUUUAUGGGAUGAAAUUGCCCGGGGUGGUUCAGAAAUUUAUGUUUUGGGAUGUAAUACAAAUAAUCAAUUAGGUUUAGGCGAUUCUACUGACAGAUCUACACCUACUAGCAUAUCACAUAGAGUAUUCAAAGAAGAAGAAGAGAAGAUUUGUGAUAUUAUGAGAAAACCAAGAUUUAGAAAAAUUGUCAUUUCAAAGAAUCAUUCAAUCGUAAUUACAUAUGAAGGCGAUGUCUAUUCUUCAGGUAAUGGAUCAAGAGGAAGAUUAGGUCAUGAAAAUUUGAAAAAUUGCUUUAAUUUUAAAAAAAUUGAUUUAACUGAAUGUGUUGAUGUUUCAAUUUCGAAUAAUCAUUCAAUUGUAUUAACUGAAAAUAAUGAUAUUUAUGCUUGGGGAUUGAAUAGUUUUAAUCAAUUGGGUGUACCAAAUCAAAAACUGAAAAAUUAUUUAGAUGAUUUUAUCUCAACUCCAAUUUUAUUAAACUUGAAACAUAAAGAGUGGUUAUUAGGUGUACAAGUUUCUAAAAUCCAUUCUCUUACAUGGUCAAAGAAUAAUUUAUAUUUUUGGGGGUUGAAUGUUGGUCAAAUGGGAAUCAUUUGUCAUGGUGAUAUUGAAGUCAAGUUACAAGAUGAGUCAAUUAAAGGUGAGAUUCAGUUUCCUAAAAUGGUGAGUCUUCGAGAUGAAAUCAAAUGUGUUAGUACUAGUGAAUUAAUAACUUGUGUGGUUACUGUUCAAAAUGACAUUCAUGUGUAUUAUAAACAUCAACAUUUUAAACUACCAAAAAUUUAUAAAGGAAAUGAUAAACAUUUUGAUAUUUUCAAGCCUGCAAGAAUUACAGAAGCUGCAGUUAUAAAUAAGAUAGUAACUAGAGGACCUGAUAAUAAUAUGAUUUUAUUAAGUAAUGGAUCAAUUUUGAAAUUCUCAAUAAAUGUAAAUGAUCUGAAAAAUACAAAAUAUACAUCAGUUUGGAAAGCUUAUGAUCAUGAACUAGUUGCAAUAGAUUUAGACUUAUCAAAUGAUGGUUCUGUCGUAUUAUGUACUAAGUCAGGUCACGUUUUUGUAAAGUCAGUUCAAUCAAAUCAAAGAAAAUCAUCAAUGAGUGGUACAACUUUACCAAUUGCAUUAUCAAAAAAUAAAUUUAAGAAAAUUGAGAAUAUUAAUAAUAUAGUAAGAGUAACUUGUGAUGCAAAAUUUUUAUCACUUGGUUUCAUAAGGGAUGAUAUUAAUUUAUUACCAUUUGAAUUGAGAAAGAAUAGAUUUUUUAAAGAUAUUGAAUAUUUAUCAAGUGUAAAUGAAGUAAAUUAUUUUAGAAAACAAGAUCAACUAUUUAAAAAAAAGACACAAUGUUAUAUUACCAAUUAUUUUGACAUGGAAAUAGACGAAUUUUCAGAAGAUAAAUUAUUAGAACAGUAUAAUCAACAUUUUAAAGCUGAUCCAGUUAAAUUAGAAGAUACUUAUGAGUGUUAUUCACAGGAUGAAAUUGAAAUGAUCAACAAUUUAUUUGAUGAGGAAUACAAUUAUACAGAAAUUGAAUAUGGUAAAGAAUAUGAUUCAUUUAUUGAAGUUGCAGGAGUUAAAAUUGGUUUCCAUAAAGAAUUGUUUAGAAUAAGAUCACCAAUAUUCAAAAGGUUGUAUGAUUUAGAUGAUCCAAAUGAAUAUUUAAUAUCUCAAGUUAAAGCAAAUUGGUCCAAAGGUAUAUUAAAAAUUGAAAAUGUUCAAAUUUUAUCAGUUUUAUUAUUAAUCCAUACGGUUUGCUCAAAUAGGAAAGUUGAUAUUUGGAAAAGAUAUAAUUCAAGACAUAAUUUUCCAAACAGAUUAAAGUUGGUACAUGAUGAAUAUGAUCAAUUAUUGAAUUCAUUUGAAAUUAGCUAUAAUCAAACUACCAAAUUCAUUUCAGAAUUUCAAAAUUUUAAUAAUGGUAAUGUAUUAUUUAAAUUACUAGACGGGGAACUUAAUGCACAUUCAUUUAUAUUAAAAUCUAGAUCUGCUUACUUUGAAACUUUAUUAUCGGAUAGGUGGGAUAAUAUUAAAGAAUUAGAUUUUACAGGAUUGACUACUUUUCAAAUGUCAUUUAUAUUGAAACAUUUAUAUGGAGUUAGUAAUGUUGAUAUUUUUGAAACUUUCAAAUUUCAAUUUCAUCAACGUGAUGAAUUUAUCAACAGUUUAUUAGAAUUGAUUGAAAUUGCAGAUGAAAUGUUGUUAUUCCAAUUGAAAGAUUUGAUACAAUUAGUUAUUGGUGAUAUGAUAAGCUUAGAGAAUGUUUUAAUUUUAAUUGUACAUGCUGAUUAUUUAUCAUGUAAGAAAUUAUUUUACCAAUGCUGUUGGUAUAUUUAUAAUAAUUUAGAAUUGUUAAUUUUUGACUCGUCAUUUAAAGAAAUACCAAACGAAAUAUUAGAAAAACUUGAAACACAAAUUAAGUUUCUUCAAGAUUGUCAUAAGAUAGAUAUACACUCAAGUAAGAAAUGGAACUGGACAGGUAAAUUAGUAAAUCAAUUUGUAAAUAAUAUAACUGAAUUUAAUGAAAAUUUCAUGAGUGAUAGAAAAGGGUUUUCAUCAUUUGAGUUGAUAAUUGAUAAUGAAAGAAAACCAAAAGAUGUAAGUAAAAAGAAAAAGUCAAGAAAGAGUUCAACAUUAAAUAAUGAUAUUAUAGAAUUUAGAAAAUCUAUAAAUUCAAAUGUUGAUGCUAUAAAGAAAUCACCAUCUCCAGUGUCUCAAUUACCGUCACCACCAAAUUCAUCAACGUCAAAUAAGGUAAAAUCAAUUUCACCACCUCCAAAAUCAAUUUUAAAUUGGGCUAAUGGUACAAAUUCAGAUAAACCAGAAUUACAAACUCAAGCUAAAGAAAUUAAAUUCAAUGGAUGGGCAACUGAUCCAAACAGCGCACAAAAAUCAAUGAUGGAAUUUUCACCAACUCCUUCACCAGAACUAAAAUCAAAACCAAAAUUGAAAUUUACCAAAUUAUCACAAAAGGAAAGAAAGAAGUUAGCGGCUCAACAAGUUGAAGUACCUAAAGCUUCCCCACCACCACAACAACCAUCAAAUCUAGCACCAUGGUCAAAUAUAUCAUGCCAACCAAUAUCAAAUAACUCAGUGAAUGAUUUACCAAUACUAGGAUCUACAAAAUCAUCGAAUGGAAAAAUCUCACCACCACCAGCUCAACGAUCAACAUCAAUGUCAGAUACAAUUUCAAUUACAUCAACUCCAUCACUACAAGAAAUUAUGAUUCAAGAAACUUUAAAAUUAGAACAGCUGAAAAAUCAAGAUACAAAAAAGAAAUCAUUACUAGAAAUUCAACAAGAACAAGAAUUUGCCAAAUGGUGGGAUCAAGAAUCAAAAAGAGUUCAAAAAGAAAUGAAGAAGCAACAACCAAGAAAAAGAAAAGAACAAAAAUGA